AUGUCGGAAGCUGGUGCCGAUGGAGCCAGCGGCUCGGCAGGCGACCUUUCGCCCUCGAUCAUCGACAUGGACAUCUUUUCGCAGCUGCUCGAGAUGGACGACGAGGACGAUCGCGAAUUCUCCAAGAGCAUUGUUUGGAACUACUUUGACCAGGCUAUCACCACGUUCCAGGAGAUGGAUGUCGCGCUGAGCACCAAGAACUUGACCGAGCUGUCGACGCUGGGCCACUUUCUCAAGGGCUCUUCCGCCGCGGUGGGCGUCAUCAAGGUGCGCGAUAGCUGCGAGCACAUGCAGCACUACGGCAAGUGCCACGGCGAAGAUGGCAUCAGCGAUUUGACCGAGGAGGAGGCGUUGAAAAAGUUGACUAUCACGCUGCGCGAUGUCAAGGUGCAGUACAGGGAGGCGGCCAAGGCGUUGAAGGCGUUUUACGAUGAGGAGGGCGACGUUGAGGAUGACGGCGAAGAGGAGGAAGAGGUGACACAAAAGGAUGGCGAGGCAAAAGCAGAGGCGGUAGAAGCUAGCAAGGACACCGAAGAAGAAAAAGGCGCCGCUGCGCCAUGA